UUUCCUGACAGAUGGCGCGAACUUUAUCGGAAGUGACGUCAAUUGUCUGCUGGCAUGCGAAGGCGGAGCAAAAGAUUUGGAAAAAAUAUGGGAUAGAUCACAAAACAUGGAUAUUUUGUGAAUGGAAUUCAUGUGAAAUUUCUGCAAUGCAAAAUUCAAAUUUUUACUGGAUGAACUAUAUUGCUUAGAAUGGAGGAAAGUUACACGAGAGUGCUACUUGUUAGCGCGAACGUUGGGUCUAUUUUUGAGGACCCAGAGCAUAUGUUAAAGUUGUGGCUAAGGGAGUUCCUAAAAUGUGUUGCGUACUAUGAACCUGAAUUUGUGGCUCUACAUUGUCAGGAGGUUGGAGGGAAAAACUAUGAGGCCUCUAUGCAACAUGUCAACCAGUUUGUCAAGGCAAUGCUAGGUUGUGAAGAACUCCAGAAGUACGAUAGAGCCCGAGUGUUUUUGGAUGAAGACUAUACUGCAGCAGACAAGUUCACGGCAUUGGGUAAUCUAUACUUUAUUCAUGAGAGCUUGGAGGAAGUGUCAAUAUGGGAUUUUGUUGAAUGCAAGUUCAUAUCUGUAGAAGGACGAGAGGUUUUGUCGGGGAAUAUAGAAAAUGUUCAGAUUAAGGAGAAGGCCAAAUUUCCACAAGAUUUCUUCCCUGAGUUUAAGUGGUCAAGGAAAGGAUUUAUCAGAACAAGAUGGAAUGUCAAAAAUUGUUUGUUUGACUUGGUAAACAUACAUCUGUUCCACGACGCGUCCAACAUAGUAGCAAUGCAAAGAAGUCCCUCAGUGUACAGUGACAAUAGAAAGGCAGCAUUCCUUCACACCCUACAAAGGUUUGACCAAGACCAGUAUGACAAAUUCCCUAUGUUUAUAUUUGGAGAUUUUAAUUUCCGGCUUGACAUAAACCAUCUUGUUCAGGAUAUUACAGCUAAAACCAAAUCACAACAAAUCAAGGGCAAAAAAGAUCAAGUGUCGAAGAUUGUAUACACAGAAGAAGGCAAUGGCAAGGUUGUUUUGACAGUGGAAACCAAGGGAUUUGAUCACCAUGACAAACACUCAGAGGUCUUUUCAAAAAGGGCAAAAAGUUUACAGCGAUAUGAUGUUGAAAUGCAAUCCUACAAAGAAAAAAUGUCAGAAUUUGAAAUUUCUUUCCCUCCAAGCUACCCUUUUUGUGAAGAUGUAAAUGAUGGAUUGUCGUACAUGAAAACAAGAUGUCCCUCUUGGUGUGACAGAAUACUGUUGUCCCACAGUGCCAAAAAUAUAAUUGUUAAUGAUGACAAACACAAACCUAAGUAUGACAUAAUAGGACGAGAGACGUGUAUGGGAGAUCACAAACCUGUAUAUUUAUUCCUGCACCUCAAAAGGAGUCAAGGUAAAGAAAACACUUCCAAACACUGCCUCAAACCAUCAUUGUCUGCUACUCUGUCCAUUAAUGGGGAACCAGUUGUAGUGAAAGACAUUAAUGAGAUAAACAUUCAUGACUUCACUACAUUUGCUAAUGAGCAAGCACUCCUUCCAGAAUUCAAAAGCUCCAUACGGCUCAAACCUUCCCUUCAAAAACCUUCCUUUGACCAUCUAACAGAUGGCUCCUCUGGUAAACGGCGCUCAUCAUUUGCAAAUAUUGCAAAACAAGUUGUUUGCAUGGAAAAAGUGUUACUAAAUUGGCCCCGGCCUAGAACACGGCCAAAAACGCGGCACCAUAGCUCGUCAUCGGAGGACAUGAAUGAAACGGAAAGUGAGGAAGACUCAAAUGAAAACAAAAUACCUGUAAAUUAUGAGUCGGCCAGUACUACCCACUCUGAUCUGUCCCCCUCCUCCUCUCAAAACACAAGCCCUGAGAAAAAUAUAACUGGUGGUGGCAGCAAUACAGCAGCUGUUGUAGAGCAUGAUGAUGUGUUGUGUGUUGUCUCUCCAAAUAAUUUGCAUGAGCAUGAAGGGUUUGUUAGGAAAUAUCAAGAUGGUAGCACGGUAGAUGAAUCCUUGGAAAAUUCCACGUUGAUGGUAAAUGGAGAAGAGAGAGAGAAAUUUAGAAUCUUCGGGUGCCAGAAGACGACUGUGUCCAUGUCCGUGCGUGUUGUUAUGAACCUCCCAUUGACCUGUGUUUGGUGUUCUCCUACAGUGUCAGCACCUGAACUUCUGCAAUUGCCAACAGCAACAGAAGUCAUUAUUCCAAGUACCCAGGUCAAAAUAUCUCACGUGGACACAACCAAGUACAUUCACAUUCGUCAACAGAACGGAACCUCAACACGAGUGUUCAGGGAAACCUCUGUUUGACCCAGAUUUAAUGUCUACCACCUCAGUGAUUUUUAUUUUAAUUCUAUCCGUACCUCAUUUGUGUUUAUCAAUAAUCAGUGUUUAUAAUCAUUUGUGAAGAGGGUAUCCUCCUAUCCAUAUCAGUUCCUUUAGUGACACAAUCGGCUAGCACUGUUAGAUUUAGAUUGUUUUUCAGUGAUCAUAUGAUUGAUUGCAGUAAACCAUAUUUUAUUAAUGUUUAAUCAGUGUUGGUUUAUCAUAUGCAUCAAACAAUUCUAUUGAUUGUUGUUAAAUGGAGUCCCAAAAUCAGAUAGCUUAGUAUUUUAUCAAUAUCAUUUAUGUUUUUCUGUGCAUUUUUAUACUAUCUAGCUUGUGUUUGCUUAAUUAUACCCCCUGCAAACGAAGUUUGUUUACAAUAGUUGUGUGUGAUAUGUUUAUGAUACACAUGAUCCCGUUCAGGUGGGUAGUGUAGGCAUUGAUUUCAAGAAACAUUUAGAAUUCACUUUGUCCUGGCUGUUGCAGACAGGAUGGAUGAAUUGCAUAGUAAUUUCCAGAAUAACCUUUAACCUUGAAACUCAAGUACUAGUUUGAAUACAGUUUAUAAUUUCUGGUUGAAUUUACUACCACUGAUCUCUAUUGAAAAAAACCUUCAGAAGUAUUUUUUUGUUGUUGAGUUUUUAGGUUUUAAACCAGGGUCAGUAAUCUAAUAUACAUAUUUGAAUGUCAACCAUUGCUCUUUCAUAUGAUCAUUUGACCUUGGUUCAAGUUUAUAUCUCAAUACUCGCAUAUCCAUAUAGAUAAUGUGUGAUUAGUCAUGUAAAAAACACCAUAUAAAGUAGUUAGACAAAGAUGAUUGUAAUUAAUAUCAAUACUCAUUCAGAACCAUCCCAUUCAAAGAAAUAUACUAUUGCAGUGUUUUGUGUUUUGGGUAGAUACAGAGAUAGAUGUUUUCUCCUUGGUAUCUGCUCAGGUAAUACAGCUGUUCCUAUCAAUGAAACCAGGUGUAUGAUUUUAUUUAUGUGUUGGAAACUCUGCUGUAACCUGCAGGGACAAAUCUUGUGUUCAGUAGAUCUAUUUAUUUACCUACGCAUAAUACAAUAAUUGUGUAAAUAAUACUAAAUAUUUCCCCUUUCUCAAAACCUCACUUUGAAAUCAGGCAGUGUGAAAAGCAGUUCAAUGCCAUUUGAUCUUUUCCUUUUGUACACUAUGAUAUAUUUUGUUUUUCUGGGUAGUCUUUCUUUUCUGUAUACAGGAGUGUAAAGACUGUUAUUCAACACAAGAAGUGAUUUGAUAAAUUCUAACAAUGUAUUUGAUUAAUGCAUGUACUCGUGGUAUAUGUUCAUUUUAUGUAAUGAAUUUAUAUAGGUCAAGGAAUAUUUGAAAAAGAAACUUUGGACACAAACCUCUAAGAGAUUUAAAAUUACGAUUUUCAGGUAUAUUGAGAGUUUUGUUUAAGAUCCCAAAGGGAAGUGUUUUGUCGCAGAGUAUCCAUGACAUGAAGGAAUGUGUCUAAAAUAUUUUGCACCAUAUGAUUAUGUAGUUGAAUGUUUUGAAAAUUAGCUCACAUAAAGUAAUAUAGGUAUAUGGACAGAAUCUUCAUAACCCAUCAUUUUCCAUUGUAUGUUUCAUCUAUGUGCUAGAUGUAUAUUUGAUACUUUAAUCUAAUCAGUAUAAGUUGUCUAUAUACAAGUAUGUUAUUUUUUUUUUAAUUUGAACCAAGUUUUUGUUAUUUUUGUGUACAUGUGUAUCCAAAACCUUUUAUGUAUCUGUUAAGUUUUACAGUACUAAAUGUUUUCCAAUACCAGUCUCUCAUUUGACAAGAUUUUAUGUGGAUCUGAAAAAUACUGAUGGUUACCGUUAGGUUUAUAUGAAUAUUCUGUGGAAAUGGGGUGAAAAUUGAUUUGCACAUUACAUGGUGACGUUGAAAAUAGCGGUGUUUUUUUUUUUAUUAAAGAACACCUUUUACAGGAUUUAUUGGUUACACAGGUAGUGAACAGAGUUAUCUUUCUUUGGCAAUUAUUGUAACUUGGUUUUUUAUCCGUCCACUUUAAACAAAUUGGAAAUUUUCCAUGUUUUUAUUGAAAGUGAAAUGGGAAAGAAUCAGACACAAAAGUGUUAUAAACAGUUAAACUAGAUGAUCCUCCCCAACUCCCAGUAUACUUUGCUUUGUUAUACUCGAUGUAAUCCUUCCAAAUCCCAAGCUUGAAUUGAUCCAAUAAUUAGGUGCUUAGUGUAUCCAAUAUCUUAUCACCUGCUCGUGUGUCUGCAGAUUUCUAAAACUUUAUCUAUACAGAAAAUGUGUUGUCUUGUUGAAUUCUUCUUCCUGUAAUGAGACAACACGUGUACCAAAGCUUAUAACACCCCUUCAACCUCCACCCCCUACUCCCAGUCUAGAAAUGAAGACGGUUAUUUAAUCUAAACUGUGUACCAAAGCUUAUAACACCCCUUCAACCUCCACCUCCUACCCCCAGUCUAGAAAUGAAUACGGUUAUUUAAUCUAAACUGUUGGGCAUUUGAAGUAGGUCUAUGCAAUAUUUGGCAGAUUGAUGUUAAUUAGUGCUUCACAGUCGGGACAUAUGUUCUGGGCUUAAGUGUCGGUGUUGUGCCGUUCUUUCCCUGUAGUUAUAUGCAAAGUAAAAUAUGUUCAUUAAUAUAUUAUUGAAUUUGUAAAUUAAAACCCUACCAUAUUAUUAUUUCAUUUGAGUAUCUUUUAUGUACCUAAACCGUAUAAGAAAAAAACAUAAAACCUUAUUUGAUUUG